AUCCCGGAGGUGCUGGGUGCCGAGUCGGACCCACCCACGCACAGCGUGAGACUCAUGUGAGGAUGAUGGGGGCCUGGAUGACUAGGGCCCUGAGGAAUUUCAACCCGGAGAACCGGGCCGAACGCGAAAUCAGCCAAAGGAAGGCCUUGUCCGCGCCCCAGCACCGCUCUACCAAGAACCUCCUGCAGGAGCAGAUGAACCAGUAUCCAGAGAUUGAGGGAGAAAUUGUUCGGAAAGAUAGCACACUGUUGUCACUGCUCAGAGAUGUGUAUGUGGAUUCCAAAGACCUAGUGUCUCCUGCGCAGGUGAAAGAUGCUAGAGUACAUAAAGAAUCAAAGGAGUUCAGAUUGCCAAAAGGCCAUCACUUUGAAAUGAUGAAUAUUAAGAGCAUUCCCAAAGGCAAAAUUUGCAGUAUAGAAGCAUUGACGCUUCUUAAUAAUCAUAAACUUGAUCCAGAGACAUGGACAGCCGAGAAAAUAGCAGGACAAUACUAUCCAGAGCAGACAGAUGUGAAUUCACUUCUCAAGUACUUUGUUACUUACCACGUCAACAUUUUCCCUGUUAAUGACAAGAAGGCAACACAACCAAAAUGA